ACCUGCUGGUCCGAGUUAUUUUCCACCAUGACAGUAAAUAAACAGUCCACCUGCUAUCAGUUAGCUCAGUGGUUGGAGGCUCUGUAAAAUGAAGAGUAGAAUGGGCGGCACCAUCUCGCUUCAGGGAAGGACAUUCAUCUCACAUCUGUUUCCGUUUCACGCCAUGUCUGCCUCAGCUCGUGUGCGUGUACAGUACAUGCGUGUGUUUGUUUGAGAACAAACGAAUGUGUGUGGGAUCACCUGAAUCUAUGGUCGCAGAGAGAUGCAGGUGACAAGGGAGCUCACGGUGGGAGAGGUUUACGAUGCAGAAGGAACGUGGGGCUUUCGCUGCCUCGCUGGCUUACGUAAACUGAAGGAUCCUAGUACACAGAUACCCUGAACAGUCCCUGAGAACAAAGGCCUGACAUUCCACUGGAGAGAAAGUGAAUGAAGAAAACCAAACAAGGGAGGUGUUAUCAACAGAUGAAUCAGUCACAGACAAACAGAGAAGCACACAGGACACCAUGAGGGAAGAGAGUGAAGGAAUUUUACGGUUUCGACUUUCUCUCCCGGUACACUGACAAGUCCAUUAAAAGUCCAUGUGUAUGCUGAUAUGAACCCCAAGUCCUUGGGAUCUUAAAGGCAACUUAAAGGCCCUUAAGCAAGGGCUUGAAUAGGUCUUUCAGUCAUGUCAUGGUAGCAUUGCACUUCAAGAUAUCAGCCACUGAGAAUAUCCCAAACAAGACUCGGACAAUGCAAGUAGUCUAAAUCAAAUCUCAUUUUCUACCUACUUGUGCAACAAAAGCUUUCUCUUUGUCAUCAUAACCUUACAUAAUUAUCCACAUUCCCUCUUCCCGGGAUAACCGCGGCGCAGUCAACCAUGGGUUGCCGACAAAGUUCGGAGGAGAAGGAAGCCGCCAGGCGAUCACGGCGCAUCGAUCGGCACCUUCGCUCAGAAAGCCAACGGCAACGACGCGAGAUCAAGCUCCUGCUUCUUGGCACCAGCAACUCCGGCAAGAGCACUAUCGUGAAGCAGAUGAAGAUCAUCCACAGUGGAGGCUUCAACCUGGAGGCCUGCAAAGAGUACAAGCCCCUCAUCCUCUACAAUGCCAUUGACUCGCUCACCCGCAUCAUCCGAGCCCUGACUACCUUGAAGAUCGACUUCCACAACCCCGACCGCGCGUACGAUGCCGUGCAGCUCUUCGCCCUCACUGGACCUGCUGAGAGCAAAGGCGAGAUCACGCUGGAGCUCCAGGGGGUGAUGAAGCGUCUGUGGUCUGACCCAGGGGUACAGGAGUGCUUCUGUCGCUCCAACGAGUAUCACCUAGAGGACAACACGGCGUAUUAUCUAAACGACCUGGACCGCAUUUCCGCAGCAGAGUACAUCCCAACCGUCGAGGACAUUCUGCGCUCACGUGACAUGACCACCGGCAUUGUCGAGAACAAAUUCACCUUUAAGGAGCUCACCUUUAAAAUGGUGGACGUGGGUGGUCAACGUUCAGAGAGGAAGAAAUGGAUCCACUGUUUUGAAGGUGUGACUGCCAUUAUAUUCUGUGUGGAGCUCAGUGGCUAUGACCUCAAGCUUUAUGAAGACAACCAGACGAGCCGUAUGGCGGAGAGCCUGCGUUUGUUUGACUCCAUCUGCAACAACAACUGGUUCACCAACACCUCGCUCAUCCUCUUCCUCAACAAGAAGGACCUGCUGGCCGAGAAGAUCAAGCGCAUCCCGUUGACGGUCUGCUUCGCCGACUACAAGGGUCAAAACACCUACGAGGAGGCGGCCGUCUACGUGCAGCGGCAGUUUGAGGACCUGAACCGCAACAAGGAGACCAAGGAGAUCUACUCGCACUUCACUUGCGCCACCGACACCAGCAACAUCCAGUUCGUUUUCGAUGCCGUGACGGACGUAAUCAUUCAAAACAAUCUCAAGUACAUCGGGUUGUGCUAGGACGAGAGGGCGGGGGCGAAGGGCAGCAGGCGCGGGAAACACCCAUCAAGGUCGGUCUGUCGAUCGUCCGGGUUCACUCAUAAACGCUUCUAAAAACAGGAAACUCGGACGAGGCCCGGAGGAAAGGGCUACGUGCCGCCGUCCUGUUAGAUUUAUCAAUGUCAAAAACUUAAAGGUCAAGGAGGAUUUUACAAGAUUGGUAUAAAUGUGUUUGCACUGAACAUGCGUAUGUAGACACACACACACACACACAUUAGGUUUGUUCACACACAACGGACUUCACAACGGGAUCAGCUGUCGCGUUUGACGUGGAAACACUGGAUACAGAUCUCCCUGCUCCUCUCUUCCCUGGGAAAGGACGGGAAAUUAUGUACCAUCGAUUUAAAGAAACAGUGCACUCAAAAUAAACAUGAAUCUGUCAUUGUUUAGUCACCCUCAUUCUGUUCCUAACUUGUUUGAUUUCAUUUCUUCUGUUAAACAUAAAAUGAGAUGUUAGAUAGGAUUUUCACGCUGGGUUUUGCCUUACAAUGGGAGUGAAUGGUGACCGGGGACUAUAAGGCGCAAAAAAUAACUUGUGUGCUAUAUUCCUUAUUUAAGUCUUUUAAAAUUGUAUGUGAUCAUCAUCUUUAAAUAUAUACAAACAUGAGAAAUGAGCAGAUUGACUUAAAAAGUAUGAACUAUUAUACAUUUCUUUCCAUUUUUGAUGGUUGACAGCCCCUGGUCACCAUUCACUUUCAUUGUACGUAAAGCAGCAGUGUGAAAUUUCUGUAAAACGUUUUCUUUUGCAUUCUGCAGAAGAAAAGGAAUCAUGCACGUCUGGAAACCAAAAAGCAGAGUUAAUGCUAAACUUUUUUAUGGGUGUUGAAGGAGGGAAUAAGAACUAUUCCUUUCAAUUUUAUCUUUGUUUAUAGGGUCUUUGAUUUGCCUGGUUCAAGUAAUGCUGCUUUUGGAGACAAUAUAAAGAGUUUAUAUAAAAUAUGCGUAUGUGAGAGGGUUAAAAGUAUCCGUAUAAAAAAACUGAUGUCACUUCAUUCUGCUCCAAAGGUGAAAACUGCCACUUUCUGAAGCUGGAGUAAAUGGCUUUUUAAACACAUUAACACUGUAGUUUAUUUUUGGCUGUCUGACCCACAGGAAGCAAUCUAUUUUCUUGUUUCUUUUUUGUUUUUGUUCGUCUAAAUGAGGAUGUAAUCCAGACUUUUUAGAACAAGCAUCCCUUCUGUCUGCGAGUGUUACACUGAAGUGAGUGUUUCAAAAUGAUCAUUCCAGAUUUAAAGAAAAACAAAUUGUGCCAAUAGAAGUGUAAAUAAACAAAAAAGGCUAAUGUUAAUGUUUCGUUUUUUAUGAGCAAAAAAGUAUAUCUAUAUAUCGAAACAAAAUGUGCAUGAUUUUGUUACUUUGGGAUUUUGAUAAAUUAUAGUUUAAUUUGCUUUCUUACAAUUUUGGUUGUAUUAACACGCUCCAAAAAUAUAUAAGAAGUCAAACACUGUGCACGACUGUACAGUUUGUAGAACAAGUCAUAUACAUCCAGCGCAACCUGACAUAACAUAUUCAACAUGGGUUUACUCUUCAAAUUUUGUCUGCAAAUAAAGAGCAGAAACGUUGUAUUCUGGUGUCAUUUUGAGUGGACAUGGUCUGCUGUAUGUGUAAAUACAAUGUGAGGUACAUUUUGUGAAAUAAUGAAAAAAAUGAAUCACCUUUGCAGGGCUGAUUGACAGAUUUGCUGUAAGAGCUCCGCCCCUCUCCAAUCCUUCUUCUGUUCAGCUAUGAUGUACAUGAAACCCAAGGAAGGGCUGCAGGAUUGAUUUUACAGGAUGUCCACCAAAAAAGAAACAAAUUAACUACAAAAGAACAAUAAUAGUGAAUAAAAGGAAUUAUGCAAAUGAUUUGUGAUACUAGUGAAUUGUUUUCUUGAGUUGGGGUGAAUGACUUAAUGACAAACUUUUGAUGAUCAAAGUUGACAUUUUUUGAGCAACACAAAGUUUGGUAAUAUUUUAUCUUUAUGAAAAUUGCUAUUAGCAGAGGCAUGCACCGAAUAUUACAGGGUGACAAGCUGAUUUACAAAAAUUAUAGAUUCUAAUUAAUAACAUAACUAAAAACUAAAAAUAAAUAAAAUAAUACUCGUUUUACUUAUAACGGAUAUUACUAGAAAUGUUAUGUAGUCAUCAGUGUUGUAAAACAUAUUAUUAUUAUAGUAUUGCAACAUUUUAUUAUUAUAACUAUAAAAAAAUAACGUCAAAAAACGGUAAUAUUCCAGCAGCUGGGGCAUAAGAAAAAAGUAAAAUAACAUGUUUUUACAACUUGUAAAUUCGCAGUUAUUUUCUGUAAUUUAACAUUUUUACAGCUUUUAAAAAAGACAUACAAAUUUUGCCAAAUUAUACAAUAAGAUGUAGACAGUUUCAUCGAACACACUGGCCUGAAGUUAACUUCCGGUCUGUAUUUGGUUAUUAAAUAAUUUAUUUUUAAUUUAUAUUUAUAUCGAUUUAUGUUAAUAUUUUAUUGUCUAUUAAUUGUAUUAAAUUAAAACUACUCAACAGUUAUUGUUUUUUGCUGAGGUCUACCGGAAGUUAAGUUUGGGCCAUGUGUUAAUGUUGUUGCCGCUUGAAACCAUCUAUUAAUAAAACAUGUAUUUAAAGAUAAAAAAGUAAUUACCAGAAAAUAAAGAAAAUCUUUAUUUACCAGUUUUUGGGGUAUUUUUUCAUGAAAAUAUCACAGUGCAUUAUACAAUAUAGAAGUCUUAAAUUAUUUUCUUUUGAGUUUGGGGUAAAAUGUGACCUGACAGUUUCCCUAACAGUUUUCAUAGCUGUUUGAGUUGAUUUAGUUUUGGUAAUAGUUAACUGUUAUGAUGGCCUAGAAUCUUCCGUUAUUGAAAUAUUAACGCCUAGAAGAGAUAUGACUGUUGAAUAUAGGCUACUGUUCGCAUAGUAAAAAAUAGGCCUAGUUUUAUUGUCAAUACCAGUUUUAUCAAUAGGCACUGUAUCAAAUAGUCACCAAUUUAUCAUGCAACCCUAUUUACAGUGUGCAGUUUUACCUUCAACACCAUAUUUGACCUUAUCAAAUGUUAACUGUGGGCUGUAUUCUGAAUGACUAAAUCACCUCUAAUAAUGUAUUUGAGCGCUAAAAUAUCCGCACAGAUUAGUGGCGCAUGUUGCAGGCUGAAAAUUUGUUUCUUUCCGCAAAACCUUUCCCAGUCCUUACAUGAAAUUCUUGAUUAUUUCAAUCACUUGAACUCAAUGCUGUUCUUCACUGAUGGUGCAUUGCACCACCGGCAAUCAACAUGCUAAUUAAAUGUGCAAUUAAAAUAUUCUUCAAAUGAUUUAUGUCUGCAGAGAGUUUGUCUGUGUAGUUAAAAGAACUGAGAGUGUGAGAGAGAAAUAAGAGCUGGUCAUGCAUAAUCAACUAAUUAGUGGCCAAACCCUGAACGACACCUCAUUGUUGCCAUUAGUAACGCGACCCAUUGAUUCAGGGCGCUAAUUCUUAAAGGUACAGAACACACAAUUCUGGCAUCAUUUACAUCCUCAUGUCAUUUCAAACCUCUACCAUCAUUCUUGUUCUAUGUAAUGAAAGUUAACGGUGACUACAGCUUUUCCACCAAAAUAUUGGGACAAAAGGGUCUGCAGAAGUGAAUAAUAAAUAAAUCAUCAUCUUUAUAUA